AUGGAAAGGAUCUUUAGGUUCCUUAGAUGCAAUGAUGCUGAGCGCCUUAUGUGUAUGUCAUACCAGCUCAAGGGAUCCGUAGAUUAUUGGUGGGAGGCCAAACAUAAGACUUUAACCCCUGAUCAAGUAGAUGAACUUACGUGGGAGCAAUUUAAAAUAGCUCUCUGCGAGAAAUACAUACCGCGUAGCUAUCGCAAGAAGAAGGAAAUGGAGUUUGUAAGUUUGAAACAAGGAAAUAAGACGGUAGCUGAAUAUGACCGUUUGUUCUGUGAUUUAGCUCGAUAUGCACCAUAUCGAGUAGAUACGGAUGAGAAGAUGUCAGAGUUGUUUUGUGCCGGUUUGAAGCAGGAGAUUCGAGUUGUUUUAGCAAGUCAGAGCGCACUUACGUAUGCUGAGGCACUGAACAGAGCACUAGAUAUGGAGCUGGCAAUGCAGCCAGAGAAGACGAGUCAACCCUCUGUACCCCAAGUGAAUCCGAAUGCUCAAUCGGGGAGUCAAUCCUUUUAUGGGCAAGGACAGAGAGGUAAAAGGAAGUGGGACGAGAGAAACCAAGGUCCCGAGAAGUCGUGGCAAGGAUGGGAACAAAUAGCUGUUUCACCUGUGGAAGAGUCGGACAUUACUCCAACCAAUGCCCGAACCGACAGCAAAGUGGAACCGGUGGAAGACCGAAACCAUUCCCGCCGCAGCUCAAGGCCAUGGAUGAAGGAAUAUUAA